GACCGCCGCCCCCCUUACGCAGCUGACAGGACCACGCCACGCGUGCGAGUGUGUGUGUGCGUGCGUGAGUGCACCGCGCGUGUGUGAGUGAGAGAAGAAGCAGCAGCGGGCGGUGGGACUUGUCCUGGUGGUCCUCCCAGGGGAAUGCAGCCAUAGUACCAGCCGGCCUCGAGCAUGCCCAGCACUAUCAGAGCGCAAAUAGAGAUCAUCCCGUGCAAGGUGUGCGGCGACAAGUCGUCGGGCGUGCACUAUGGCGUCAUCACCUGUGAGGGCUGCAAGGGCUUCUUCCGCCGCUCGCAAUCCUCCGUGGUCAACUACCAGUGCCCGCGCGCCAAGGCGUGCACCGUGGACAGGGUCAACCGGAACCGGUGCCAGUACUGCCGACUCCAAAAGUGCCUGCGACUUGGCAUGAGCAGAGAUGCCGUCAAGUUCGGGCGCAUGUCCAAGAAGCAGCGGGAGAAGGUGGAGGACGAGGUGCGCUACCACCGGGCGCAGCAGCGCGCGCAGUCAGAGACAGCGCCGGACUCGUCCGUCUUCGACCAGCAGACGCCCUCUUCCUCCGACCAACUGCAGUACGGCAGCUAUGGCUACACGAGCGAGGUGGGCGGCUACGGCCCCGCCAGCCACGGCUACUCCGGGUACGGCCAGGUGGCGACGCACGCCGCCAUGCAGUACGACAUCAGCGCGGACUACGUGGACUACGUGGACUCGACGACGGCCUACGACCCCAGGCCCACGCCGGGAACCCCCAGCGUGGACGCGGCCGCCACCGAGUCGCCGCUCAUGCCGUCCGCAGUGACCACCGACCCAGCACAGAUCUCUGAACUCCUGAGCAAGACAAUUGCGGACGCUCAUGCAAGGACAUGCCUUUUCACAUUGGAACAUAUACAUGAUAUGUUCCGGAAACCACAGGAUCUCUCCAAGCUCAUUUAUUACAAAGACAUGGCACAUGAGGAGUUGUGGCUUGAAUGUGCUCAAAAACUCACAACUGUCAUUCAACAAAUAAUUGAAUUUGCAAAAAUGGUUCCUGGCUUCAUGAAACUUCAUCAAGAUGAUCAAAUUGUCUUACUGAAAGCAGGGAGCUUUGAGUUAGCAAUACUUCGCAUGAGCCGGUACUAUGAUCUAAGCCAGAACUGUGUUUUAUACGCUGAAACCAUGCUGCCUCAGGAAGCCUUUUACACAAACGAAACGGCGGAAAUGAGACUUGUGAAUCUUGUUUUUGACUUUGCAAGGUCAAUAGCUGAAAUGAAGCUAACAGAAACUGAGUUGGCACUAUAUUCAGCUGUUGUUCUACUAUCCCCAGACCGACCUGGUCUUAAAGGCCUUGCAGAGAUAACAAGACUCAGUCAAGCCGUUCAAAGAGCAUUAAGAAUUGAAAUGGAUCGCACACACCCUCAACCCAUUAAAGGGGAUGUUACUGUUUGUGACGCCAUGCUUGCUAAAAUUCCAGUCCUCAGAGAUCUGAGCAUGUUGCAUAUGGAUGCGUUAGCUAAGUUCAAACGGUCUACACCACAUCUGGAGUUCCCAGCUCUUCACAAAGAGCUGUUUUCAGUGGAUAGCUGAGCUGAUGAAAGUACCCACAUGCGGUGCGCUGAUGAGCGUUUCUGAAGACUGCCGUAAGAUGAGGACAACCAAUUGGAUGCAACAAACCCAUGGACAAAGGAGUUUAAACAAACCAUGUAAAUGCCCAGUUGACUUGAAUCUGAGCUCCUUGAACACAUCAUGGACUGCCGCUGCUAUUUGACCAUCUUCAAGCAACUACCUUUGAACUGGGCAUGGUGCAGAGUUGUUCACAAUUGUUUGCUUCUCACUGUGCAAAAGCUAAACUUCUUGGUAAUAUAUCAGGGAUAGAAGACAAAGUAGGCUAUAUUGUUGUUGUUGAUGUUGUUGUUGAUUAUUUUAAUGAAGUUUAACACAUUAAAAGAAUAUUAGAGAGGAGAAACUGUGUGUGAUGUAUAGAGCUCAUUUUGACCAAAGUGAAGAAAAUCGAUUUAUUAGGCAAAUACAAUUGAGGUGAAAGUGAAAUAGAAGCUAUUACUGCCUACAACUGUUUUCUACUUUCUGAAAAUGCUAAGUAAAUCAAUUUCAAUUUUUUUGAUAGAAACUGAUUCUUUUACUCAAUUUUUAGAGGAAGGAUGAUUUAGGAUUCUGUUCCUUCAUGUUGAUAAGGAGCAUGGAAAACCCACUAUUACUUUAUGACAAUGUAGUUUUGGAUACAUGCAUAGACCACAUAACCAAUUCUAAUGAAGGGAUAACUUAUUGUUAAUUUAAUUCCUGGUAGUGCGUUUUCCUUUCGUUUUUUUACCUGAUUUGUGACCAUUCAUUCAACUUUUUCUACAGAAUAGUUUAUUUCGACAUUUGUCUGUGCAGAACUUGUAAGGUAUAGGAGCUCAAGUAGAAUUUCUUCAAAGGAAGUGCUAAGAAGAUUUACUUGAAAUCCAGUAACUUACAGCACCUUCAAACUCGACUGAUUGGUGAAAUAAACUUGUUAGGGGAUAAAAAUUCUUCUAAACCUAAUGGGUGGUCAAUUGUCUUAUUAUCAACAUACAUUUACCUGCCUAUCAGCAGGAAAAAAUUGGAUCUGUAAAUUUUGAACCAAUUUGAUCUACAGAAAGCAUUUAAGAAACUAAAUCAGGUGUAGCUUGGUCACAUGCUCUGUCUCAACCUGUACAAAGUAAGAUAAGAGGAAAAUAUGUAUUGGUAAUAAUGCCUCUAUGUACGUACGUACAUACUACUGUACAAAGAUACAAGUGCGAAUAUUAAUACGUACCUACAUACUGUGUGUAAAGUGAGCACUGAGUAGAAUUGUUAAAGAAUUUAUUGGGGAAAACUGCUAAGGUUAAGGGAUAACAUUGCCUUAUUAAGUAUAAAUAACAAAUAUUAUUAUUAAUGUUAUAACAGUUUAGAGAGAGAUAUAUACUGUAUAUAUAUAUAUAUAUAUAUAUAUAUGAAAAAAUACACACACAUUUAUAUAUAUAUAUGGCGUAGUGAAACAGUACUUUAGAGAGAAAACUGAGUGAGGAACAUGCAUGGCUUCUCAAUCACAUGAACAUCCAGCAUGUAAACAACUAAGGUGGAUACUGUCAUGAGUCUUGAUGCAUCUCCUAAUUACUAUUUGGUUUAUUUAUUUGGUUUCAAGGCUGUAUUGGUCAUUUUGACUACCUCUGUUUUGUUUGCUUGUUCAAUGAGUUGCAUUCUUGUUUGUGCAAGUAAUUCUGCAUCGAAUAAUCCUGAGGCCUUAAUUUAUGAUGAAAUGUGAAGAUGGUGCUUUGUUGUUGUUGUUUGGUACCUAAAUAAAUAAGUACAAUUUGAAUUUUUGAAAAAAAAAAAACACAUUGUAUAAUUUUCCUCUUUAUGUUUGCUCAUUUUUUCUCUUCCACACUUGAAGUUACAGACGCAAUGAUCGGUAGAUUGGUGUGAAUAUCUGAAGUAGUGUAUCACAUCAUACCAUUUAAAUAAAAAUCUGUGAUGAAAGUUAAGCCGUUUGAACUUGGUGUAAAAUGUAUGAAGUAAAAAGACGCUUGUUGUUGUUGUUGACUUAGUGUAAAACUGGAAAUGGUGUUUGAAGAGCUGCUUGAAAUGGCAAAGGGGUUUGAGGAAGUUAGAAAUGCGAUUAUCCUGGUGCUAACACUUUUAAGAUGGUGCUCUGCAGAGUUUCUCGUUGCUACCUGUCUUAUUGAUUUGAUGAGCUCUGAGAAAAAAGUUAGUCUCGGAGGUUGAAAAAGCUUUAAUGUGUUCAACAGCAGCUGUCUGUGAUGAUGGUUGAGUAUCUUAUCCUUCCUUUUUGCCAUUUUGACUGAAUGAGUGCAAAUGAGAUAGGCUUGGGCUUGUUUGGAUGAAGCCGUAUCAUGUGAUUUGUCAGCAUGUCUAUCUUAUUUCUCUUUCUUCACUCUUGCUUUCAAUUCGUGUACUAUUCUGUUUUUACGACAUCAUCAAAAGGUCCCACCUAAAAUGUUUCAACAAUAGCGUACAGACAGAUAGGAGUGAUGGUCAGGACAAAAAUAAAAAUCUAGUUGAAAAAUCAUGAAAGUUUUCUUUACAAACUAAUUUGUGGAUGGAUGUAAGCAUGAGUGGAGACUCGAGCAAAAAGAUACCAUGUCUGAAUGUGUUAUGCUAAUCUUUAGCCUGACUUCUAUGAUUUGACUACAUUAGGUAGGUUAAUCUAAGGGCCUUAAAAUAUCUAGCAGGCAAACCUGUUUUUAUAAUAUUUUGAUUGUUUUCAUCAUAAAGGUAGAAAAUAACUGGAGCUGUGCAUGUACAAACGAACACACAUUCACACACACUUACACACACACUGCUGACUUAGCAUGCCCAACCAGGCCUAUAGUUUGAAAAGUGUGUGAAGCAUUGUGAGUAAAUUAUGUUGUCUACUAAAUUUUUGGAAUUUUGAUGUCAAAUGUUUAAAAGUACUGUAUGCAAAAACAAUAUAAUUUCUCAAAAUUAAUCAUUUUUUUUCAUGUUUUUUUUGUCUGUUUUAAUUUGGAUUACUAGGAAACAAUGUGUACUGACACCAAAAGAAGCUUUUUGGAAAGCUGCGUACCGUAGGAACAUAACUUUGAGACUGCUUUUAAACGCAAUUGCUUCACCGACGGAAUAUUUUAGGUCAAGGCUGAUACCACAAUAAAGCGCCUGUUAGAAAUUUCUGCUAACUAAAUUAUUUUUCACUCUUUUCACUGAGUACACUGUUGGGUAUCAUGUUAAUGCACCUUAAUGAGAAAGCAAAAUGACGCACAUGAUGUGGAUCACUGACAGAACUGAACAACUCUUGAGGGCAUUAGUUCCUCUAUUGGUUUUUAUUGCAAGGACGUGCAGAUUGGUUUUUCUUGAAAACGAAUGUUAUUUUUCAGAGCUGAGUGAGAUUGAUUUCCAGUGUGAGGCUAAAUGCACUAUUGAACUGAAACAAUGUUUCGCUGAAAAUUUAUUUUGGCUGAUAGCUAACUUGCACAUCCUUUGCUGAUGAAAAACAAUAAGAUGAGUCAGUGUAACCCACAAACCUGCCACAAUGGCGUCAAAGAAAUGUUGUUAUGUAGGUAUUCAAAUACUUUAUAGUAGAAAUCAUUAUAUUUGUAAUUUUGAAAGUAUAUUACAUACAGAUUAAAUAUAUAUGUACAUACAUAUAUAUUCAUACAUACAUAUAUAUGGUAUAUAUUUUGGACGGAUAUGUUGUCACACUUCAGCAGGCAAACUCAGUCCUUUUUGUUGAGACAUUGCGACACUUGUGAGUCUUUCUUAGAUAAUAGCAGCCCAUAAAAAAACAAAACUGGAAUCUUUUGACUAGUUUUCAUGUGUUCUUGUUUAAAAUUUCACGAGAGUCUCAGUGUCUCAGCAGAUUCCACUCAAACUUUGUAAUCUAUUAAAUAUACGCAGUUCAUAGAUGACAUUAGUCGGCACAAUUUAAAUGAGUGGGAAUGACACUUGAGCCCUGUUGCGGAAAUGUUGUGUGUUCUUUUACAUUGACUCGUUUUUUACUCAUUAUAUAACUUCAUAUUGUAGAAGCUCCUGGUUGACCUGGUGCGAAAUAUUAAUGUGCUGUGCCGGUUGACUCUCAAACAAAGUGUUCACUGAUAUCUGCAAACUAUAAAUUCACAGAUCUUCCUAACUGUUUUGAGAAUAAGAACUUGAGAAGAUUGAGAUGUAUUGUAAAUAUCACAAUGAAGCACUACAGAUAUUUUGUUUAUCUCUUUUGGUACAAUUAUUUUUAUUUAUUGAAGUGUUGUAAAUAUUUGUAUGUAUAGUAUACAAGGAAUUAACGGUUGUCCUGUUAGCUUUCCCUUUAUUGUCUUGGAGUUGUUAGAAGGAUUGGUGGCUUCAUACGUUUUCUAAAACAGUGCUAUGGUUUUCUUUUGUGUAGGUCCGCGCAUUGAGCCAUUUUAAUUGAGCUUUAAAUUAUUUGUUUCAUUGAAAAAAAAAUACCAUUUGUAAUUUUUCCAUUUUGCCCUUUCUAAAUGCAAAGUCUUGCUACGACAUGUGAUCAUAAUUCUAACAUUUAUACAUACACUAUGUAGUAGUCAUAAAAUAAGGUAUUAAAUAUCAUUUAAAAAAUUUAUACAUCAUGGACAGUUUACCAGAUACUUAUGGACAAAAGAAGCAAGAAAGGUAACCGAUGGUGCAAAUAUUAGGCAAUGUGGGAAAUGUCUCCAACAUGUGGAGCUUCAUAAUAUUUAAAACCACCUCUUUCAGUGCAGUUGCCCCAGAACUUUACUAAAUGAAUUUUUGAAGCAUACAAUGUUUAAGUUUCAGUUGGUCAAACAUAUUUUGCUUCAAUGGUCUGAUGGAAGCAUUUUAAAAACCUCUGCCAACUAAUACGUAAAAAAAUAGGUGUGCAUAACAUGAACCUUACCCUUCAGAGAUUUUUUUUUUAAAGCGUUUCUUGUGACUAAACCUUCUUUUUGUCUUGUCAAUUAGUUUUGGCUGAAUUUUCAAAGAAUGAUCCUCAUUAGCUCUCUUCAAUACUUUAAGAAAUUUUUGAAGCACUGAAAUAUUAUAGAAAUGAAAGGUAAGAGGAUGUUGUGUAUACCUCCCUGACUGCCACAUUACCGAGAACUGAAACCGACAGUGUGACUGAAAAGCAAGGCAUGAGACUGCAUCAAAUGGCUCAUCUCAGCAUCGUGCCAGACUGUAUUGUCUGGUUAUUAUACACAGCCCUACUUACAAACAAAGCACUAGUGCAACUUUUUUUAUUUCGAGUAACUGUAGUGCUGAGUAUUGGGUCAGGGAUCUCUUGUUUUAUUGUAUUCCUCCUUUGUAAUAAACCAUGUUUUCCCCCUCA